AGUGAUCUCACCAUAUGCGCUGUGGUGGGAUUCAGCGUGCCACUACAACAUGCACACAACGACUGCGGCUUCGCUCUUCCCAGAACACCAAACCUGAGGAUACAGGACUUUAUUCAAGAUCGACAGCGGGAUAAUCUGUAAGUUACGCCUCCCUUUUUUUAUCUUUUGUGGAGACCUGGGGGGGUUUGGUGCAGGGGACUCGGAGGAUACUGCUGCCUGUUGGUGCACAUAGACGCGCGGGUCCUUGUUGGAUUCAGUCUGCAGUCCACUUACCACCAACUGCAUUGCCACACAGCCGUGGGAAGAGAAUGUGUUUAUUAUGAAACUCUGCGCCCGCCUGGAGCUUUUCUUCUCAACUCUUUGUGGAUCAUCGCGCUUAUGUCCGCAUGUGGAGUGCAGAUCAUCACUCUUUGAAAUAACUACAAUGUGGUGCGCAAAGUAAAGUGGAGGAAAUGUUGCAUCCGCGCGCAGUGGACGGGCAGGACUGUGACUUCCAGAGCGUGCCCGCCGACCCGUGAACGCCGCACUCGAUGUGGAGCUUGUCGCUGUCCGACGCGCGUGUGGUGCUGAAAUUUGGAUGAUGCCCAGCCUGCGACUGCAGGGCUGCCGCUCCCUGCACCUGAACGAGGACAACGGCCGCUUCGUCCUGCUCGCCGUGCUCAUCCUGGUGUACCUGCUGUGCGGCGCUGCGGUCUUCUCGGCCAUAGAGAGGCCCUCGGAGCUGCGGGCUCACGGCCGCUGGAACGGGACGCUCCUCAACUUUAGUGAGACCUUCAACAUCAGCCUGCAGGAGCUCAACUCUUUCCUGCGGGAGUACGAGGCCGCCAUAGCCGCCGGGAUCCGGGCUGACGCUCUGAGACCGAGAUGGGAUUUUACUGGAGCUUUUUAUUUUGUUGGAACUGUGGUGUCGACUAUAGGGUUUGGGAUGACGACGCCUGUGACAAUUGCAGGGAAAGUGUUCCUAAUUUUUUAUGGACUUCUGGGCUGUGCUGCCACUAUCCUGUUCUUUAACCUUUUCUUGGAGCGCAUCAUCACUCUGCUGGCUGUAGUGAUGAAGGCCGUGAGGGAGAGGAGAAUCAGGAACAGCGGUCUCCUUCCGCCGGGGAUCCGACAUGACUUCUCAGCCUACUCUCUCCCGGGAUGGAAGCCCUCCGUCUAUCACGUGAUGCUGAUUCUGGGACUGUCGGCCAUUACCAUUUCCUGCUGUGCGUCGGCCAUGUACAGCCCAGUGGAGGGCUGGGCCUACUUAGACUCACUCUACUUCUGCUUCGUCACCUUCAGCACCAUUGGCUUCGGAGACUUUGUCAGCAGCCAGAGCGCCGCUUACGAAUACCAAAGCCUCUACAGGGUGGCCAACUUCUUCUUCAUGUUAAUGGGUGUCUGCUGCAUCUACUCACUCUUCAACGUCAUUUCCAUCGUCAUCAAGCAGGUGCUCAACUGGAUGCUGGAGAAAAUGAGCUGUUUGUUUUGUCAACGUUGCAAUAAGGCUAACGCCUUCCUAGGGAGGCGAAAUGCCAUCCGCCCGGGCUCCAGGGGUCGCAAGGGUCGCUUCAACCAUCAGCCAGAAUCAGAAGGGCCUUGCGAUAGUGACACUGAGGGACGGAGACUAUCAGGGGAAAUGAUCUCCAUGAAGGACCUGGCAGCAUCAAACAAGGUGUCACUGGCGAUCAUGCAGAAGCAGCUGUCUGAGUCUGCCAACGGAUACCCCAGAACGGUCUGCGGCAGCUCCCGCCAUAAUGGUUUCUCUGGGGGAGUCGGGGCGCUCGGCAUCAUGAACAACAGACUGGCAGAGACGAGUAACUCCAGGUAGAACGCAUAGAGAGUCUGAAAACAAAUCAUUCACGCUCCUCUCAAGCCUCACUACAGAAGUUUGACAUGCUAAUGAAAGGAUAACUUGUUAUGCACGAGAUAUAUCGUUUUUACUCCUGACUGGGAUUACAAACCUGCGGUGAGGAUGGCGGCAUGAAGAGAGAAUCACAGAGCUGAUCUUAAAGCAUGGUGACCAUAUUCUAGACCUAAAGCCCUGAAAUAAAACAAGUCACUAAAAAGCUUGGCUGGAAUCCUUUGGUGCAGUCGGUCAGCUCAUCAGACGUUUUAUGGCUGAAUCAUUGAGCUGAACAGAAGCCAAGUGAAGCAAACUGCACAGUUUUUACUGUCUUGGGGUGUUGCCAGGUCAUUUGAAUGUACAUAUUGGAUGCUGACGAAAACAAUUAUAACCACUGAAUGAUAUAGCACAUACUGAUCUAUGCAUUACACUUCUCAUGCAUUUUUGCACCAUUUCUCAACCUUCCAUAUUUUUCUCCCCUACCACAUCCUUUUGGUGAUGAUUGAUUUCUUUUCCGGGGGCCAACAGUGAAAAGUGGACUUUCACCGCAUGGCCGUGAUGCAGCUGAUUAAAACAGGGUUGUAGCAUAGGAUGCCUUUCUAGUGCUACACCAACAGGAUACAAAGGGUCAUUUCCUCUCUCCUCAGAUGGAAGAAAGGCAAAAGUUGAAGAAUGAAAAUCUAUUUCAUGUUAGAGAGGGACUGGCUUUCUUAUCAGCUAUAGGCACAUGUUUGAGUGGCCACAGACAUCGACUUGUCAGGUAAAAGAAGGCACCAUCCAAAUCUUUCUUUCUCUCUGCCAUAUGUGUUAGUCUUAACAGUGAGGAUAAUAAAGAGUUUUAGUGUUUAAAUAGUUAUUGAUGGCAAUAUCUUAAAAGUAUUUGCAAAACAAAAUAAAUGAGAAAACAUACCGAGCAUAAGUUGAAGAUGCUGAGGAGAUACAUUCAAGUGCAAAAGCUUAGUCAUAAAUUUGUUUCUGAUUUCAAAAAUUGUCAGAUUCAGUGCCUUGCAAAUGUACUCUUACCGCACUAAAAGUUUAUUAUAGUACAACCACAAACUUCAAUGUAUUUUGUAGGAAUUUUAUGUGACUGACCACAGCAGUGCAUACCUGCAAAGUGCAAGGAAAUCUUUUCAAAUGAAAACUGUUCAGUUCCCUUUAUUCUACCAGGUCAGGAAUAAAGUUAUGAAGAAGUUUAAAGCACUGAUAGAUUAUAAAUCAUAGGAAGCUCUAUUCUAAUCCAUCAUCUGAAAGUUGGAAUUAAUAUUAAUCGAGGAGAGCAUUAAUUGGAAAAGCGGCCAAGACAUCCGUGGUAACUCUUGAGGAGAAUCUGUUCACAAGACAACUAUCAGCUGUGCCCUUUAGAAAUCUAGUCUUUUUGUUUGAAUAGCAAGAGAAAACUUUCUGGAAGAAAAUCUGAAAUAAAUCCUGUUUGCAGUUUGCCAAAAGUAAGACACCAAACAUCUAAAACAAACCUCUGCAACUCCACUUCUCAAGAGCCACUGCUCUGCAACUUUUGGAUACAUUCCUGCUCCAAAACACCUGAAUCAAAAGGCUAAAAUAUAUCCUUGGUAUGUCAGAAAGUUUAGCAAAAACUAAACUCUAAACUCUAAUGACUCUAAUCAUUCUAGUGAAGCAAACUGCUUCAUUCUAAUGAAUGAUUAGAGUCACUAAUCAUUCAUUUUAUUCUGGUUUAUUACAGCAGGGAUGUUGUGGCAUUCGAAGACAGUGCUGCGGUGAGAUGAGACCAAGAUUUAGCUUUUUGGCCAUUAAGCAAAAUGUGCUUAAAUGUGAGACUUAUCCUCGUAAAUAUGAUAUCUCAUGGUGAUACAUGGUGGUGGCAGUAUCAUGCUGUGAAGAUUUUUUCCUUAAGCAGGUACAGGCAAGAUGGAGAUAAAACCAGGGCAAACCUGGAAGUAAACUUGUGAAAGGCAGCAAAACAAGUGAGACUGCUUCACUUUGCAGCAGGACAAAUAUAAACAUACAAUAAGAUUGCUUAGAUCAAAUCAUAUGCAUGUCUUACAGUGACCUAGUCAAAGUCCAAUAUUCUUCAUGAGUCAGAAGAAAUAUAGAACAAUGUAAUUUUCCUACACUUUCACUAAUGCACUGCUUUGUGUUGGUGCUAAGUCUAAAAUCUGCACAAAGAUCAAUAACCUUUGUGCUUUUAAUUUGAAAACAGUUUUAAGGGAUGUGAAUAUUUUUGCAAGGCAUUGUACAAAUUAGAAAAAUACCUACCUUAAUUUAUUUGAGGUAAAGGAUCACUUCAGAGGUUGUCAGCUAACAUAAAAGUCACAUAAAAAACUGAGGAAAUCUUAAGUACUUCUAGAAAAGACUCAACUGUUUGAAAAAUCACAAAGUAUUCAAAACCAGUGAACCUGGAGCAGAUAAUAGAGAGACAGCAGAGCAUCUCCAGGCAGCAGAGUCUUUCUGUCUUGUGAUUUAAAUAAGAACCGAUGGCCAACACAGAGGCUGAAGGAAGAAAACUUUCUCAAAGAAGUAUUCACACAUGACAAAAAUUUGCAUUCAACUUCAAAUCAUCCAGCGACUGAGUGGUGUUGUUGCAACUUUUACAGUCCAGCCACACUCUCGUAAAUAUUACAGCUUUGCAAGACAUAUUAAAGAUAGUUUCUCAUUCUUGAUGUUUUAUGUUCGCUGCUCUUUAGAGGGACAUCUACAGAUUUUUGAUGAUGUUUAGCUUGGGGACUCAGCAUCUCUCUAAGAAAAGGUUACCUGCAGCAAAGUCCCCAAAGCAGGAUCGAUGCAUGCCCACUACCAGGAGCCAGAUGUUUUAUGAAUACCUGCGUUCUUUAUUCUACGGGCAAACCUUUGUUUGCCAUAAUUUAAAUCUGAAGCUUUGUUCUUACUGCUCAUGAAAACUAAUUUUAUUUGCUUCAGGAAAAAUAUUGUGAAGGUGCUGUUGGAUAACAUUGUGUCCUCUAUACAGUCUGACUUUGAAAUUCUUGUUUCUAUGAGAUAUUUAUGUGUUAGAGAUAUGAAGCCAUGCGAUGUUUGAUGUUCGGAAACAUCGACUCAACAGAGGAGGACACAUUUAUAGCUGAACUGUGUUGGUGACAGUGAUGUGGGUAACAGGGGGGGGGAAAGGCAGCAGAAAGUUGCGGCGGCAUUAAUCGACCCCUUCCAGAUCCAGAUUCGUGCUCAAUGCAAAUUUACGGCCACGGGUUCACCCACUGCCGCCAUCUAUCUUCAACAUCUAACGUCCUUCAAUGAACUUUGCGGGGUUUUUUUCUUUCCUGUGUUUCUCCAUCAUCUCUCCUUUGACUUUGCAUGCACUGAAGCAAACCCCUUCCUGCUUUCUUUUCUUUGCAGAUCUGCUGCUCCUGCUCUUACACUGUGAAUAACAGGCAUGUCAUAAAUGUAUAUAUGUAAAGAACUGGAAUGUCUUUUAAAGACCGUUCACAAUAGGGUGUGGACUGAAUUCGAAGCUCUGAGUUUUAGUGCAUAGAUCGGAAUAAUUUCCUUUGCUCCCUAUAGUCUCAACCAAGAGGAAUAGAGAAAAUGACUCAGGUAGUUAAAUUUUCAGGCCUGGCUUAGUUGUUUUUUUUUCUGCAUGCCAUUAUGGUAAAGCCAUAGCUGUAUAUAAAACAGAGUACUGUUUCAAAUCUAUUUUUCUACAUAUAGCUCAAAUAUCUACAUAUGGAACAAAGUCUCUGCUUCAACUUGUCUGUCAUACAGUCACUCAGCAGAAAAAUGGAAUAAAAGAACCAGAAUUUGUCCAUCCUGCAAAAGCAUGAAUACGAGAAAAGAAUGAGAGCAAAACAUUUCAAAAUUUACAGAAUUUGUUAUUGUUUUUCAUUGGAACAAGUUUAUAUUUUAUAUUUCCCCAAAAAACAGACUAAUGUUGAGGUGGAGAUGUGUUAAAGCUUACAGCAGCACUGCAGCAAUGAACUUACACACCCCUAAAAUGUUUUAGCAGUCAUAUGAAUUCUGUAUUCUGUACCAAAUUACACAUUGAAUCUAGUGAUACUUUCCCUGGUGUAAUUUGUCUCCAAGGGUUAGAAGGAGUUGAAUUGCUGACACCUCUUUAAAACAAUCAAUACAAAAUAAAUAAUGUUAUAUAUAAAUCUUCACCUUUCCUCUAAGAACUAAGGUUAAAGUGGCAGAGGUUUCAUUACUUUCUUCAACAGUACAUCUAUAUAAUCAGCUGCUGUGUAUCCAUAACCUUACUCUCUAAAAGGAUUACAUUCUUUAGCAUUUUGUGCCAUCAGAUCAUACUACACAUGACUGAAAAAGAUACUACUUUGAAUUCUUUCUUGAAUAUAGGCCACUGCUCUACUGAAGAUGCUGUUUAAAUAAAUAUGAUCAUGUUUUAAUCUGUAUUAAACCUGAAACUGAAACACGUCAAGCUUUUAAAGAUACAAGCAGUGGCACUCAGAUAUUUGUAUAGACUCAUCAUGAUAUGACUACAGCGGUUUAAUGAUUUUUAUUGUCAACAAAAAACACAAAAAUGCACCUUAGAUGAUUUUUAAAAGCA